GUUUCACUGCCUUGAAGUGACAUAAGUUCAUAUGAUUCAGUGAAAACAGGUUCAUUUCAGUAUGUCUCUUAGGGACCCACCAUAUGAACCUCCCACUGUGUCAGAGCUGCAGGAGUUCCUUCUGACCGACAGACGACCUACUGGGCACAUCAAUCAAGUCUGGCCUAACCUUUACAUAGGCAACGAGGUUGCGGCUCGUGACAAGGCCUCUCUCCACAGUCUGGGUAUCACUCACAUUGUAAAUGCUGCUCACGGUCCCCCAAACCCCGGCACGGGACCCUAUGUCAACACCGGCCCACGCUUCUACAGAGACAUGUCAGUGGAUUAUUAUGGGGUGGAGGCUGAUGAUGCAAUAGAGUUCAUCCUUAGUCCUUUUUUCUACCCAACGGCACGAUAUAUCAGAGCAGCGCUGGCCAUGGGAGGACGACUGUUCGUCCACUGCCUGAUGGGUGUGAGCCGCUCUGCGACGUUAGUGCUGGCUUUCCUGAUGAUUGUUGAGGGUCUGCGGCUGCAGGAGGCUGUGGCUGCCGUCAGGCCACACCGAGACAUCUGUCCCAACCCAGGCUUCCUGCAGCAGCUCCGUGGCCUCGACAAAAGCCUGGAGAGGGAGAGGAGGAGACGACUGCAGGCCCAGAUGCUGUAA